AUCCAAAAGGGAUCGUCAAGGCCCAAAUGCGCCCAGUCGAUAUAUAGUCGUAAUUUCUUUUUCUCCUUCUCUGCCCGGCUGGAGUAAACCCUAAUAAUCUCGCUUUGCUUGAAUCUGCACAUUAUCAGAAGCAGCUCCCUGGCCAUAAUGGGAGAAGAAGUCAAGGCAUUGAUUCCAGAUUCAGUUUUGAAGAAGAGGAAGAGGAAUGAAGAAUGGACAUUGGCAAAGCAGCAAGAGCUUGAAGCGGCCAAAAAGAAGAAUGCAGAGAAUCGUAAGUUGAUUUACAACAGAGCUAAGCUAUAUUCAAAGGAGUAUGAAGAGCAGGAAAAGGAGCUGAUUAGACUGAAACGUGAGGCAAAACUAAAAGGAGGAUUUUAUGUCGACCCUGAGGCUAAAUUAUUGUUUAUCACUCGCAUCCGUGGUAUCAAUGCCAUGCACCCGAAGACGAGAAAGAUAUUGCAGCUGCUGCGUUUGAGGCAGAUUUUCAAUGGCGUCUUCCUCAAAGUCAAUAAAGCAACAUUAAAUAUGCUGCAUAGGGUCGAGCCAUAUGUGACCUAUGGCUACCCCAAUUUGAAAAGCGUUAAAGAACUUAUUUACAAGAGGGGUUAUGGAAAGCUAAACAAGCGUAGAGUAGCAUUGACUGACAACUCCAUUGUGGAGCAGGCUUUAGGUAAAUACGGCAUUAUCUGUAUGGAAGAUCUCGUGCACGAGAUCAUGACUGUCGGACCUCAUUUUAAAGAGGCAAACAACUUCCUAUGGCCAUUUAAGUUGAAGGCACCUUUGGGUGGAUUGGAAAAGAAGAGGAAUCAUUAUGUGGAAGGGGGAGAUGCAGGUAAUCGUGAGAAUUAUAUCAAUGAGCUUAUCAGGAGAAUGAACUAGAUGAGGAACAAUUUUGUCGUCAUUGAUUUUUGUUCUGUUAAAUCAUUGGAAGUAGAAACUAAUUUGUUCACAAAGUUAGUCCAAUACUGGAAGUAGAAAUGUUUAAGCAGCGGAUACUUCGUUUAUGUCAUUUGAGGAUUUUCAUUUAUCAAUUUAUAAAACAUUUUUUCGAAA